UUGCCGGGUGCGGCGGUGCCGCCAUGGCCGCAGCGGGGCCGGUACGGGCGGUGGGUUCGGGCAGCGCCGGCAGCGGCUCCUCCCUCCCGAACCGGGCUAUGCUGCCCCGGCAGAGCACACAGGGCACCCCGGGGUGUCCCUCAGCACCCCAGGUUUUUGAGAUCCCUGCCCUGUGAAAGCCCCUGUGCCGUGUGAGAUGUGGGAGGAAAAAUCGUUCCUUAAGCGGGGAAUCUCAGUCCUGGAGUUUAUUGUCUCUGCUUUGUGAGAUUCAAGAAGACCUUCAGAAGCUUAAAAUGGAAAAAAACCGACUUGAAAGGAAAUGCAGAAGCUGUGGAUAUUUGUGACCUCAGAAAAGCAGCUGAAAGGACAGAACUUGGGCUGAGAGAAUUCCCCUUUUGGUGCCUGCCAGGAGCAGCUGGUCCUGCCAAGAGUGGCUGUGCAGAGGUGCAGGAGAUCAGCCCCACGUGUGAGCCAGCAGCAGCUGGAAAUGGAUUUUAAAGUUGUGCUUGACCCAGAGAACACAGAUAAUAAACCUGCUUUAAAACAUCCCAACGAGGAGACCAGGCUGCCACUUAUAACUAAGAAAAAAUCUGCUCCUCUGUGCAGGCAGGAGCCAGGGAAGGGUCCCACAGUCACCAAGGCCUGGGCUUUGCCUCCCUUCCACUGCCUGGCUCCUCCCUUCCCCCUGGCAGGAGCACAGAUCCCAAAAGGUGCCCUGAGCCUCAGUGGGCAGAGGCUGAUCCUUCCAGCAGCCCAGAGAGCUCUGCCAGCCCCUCCUGCUGUGACCAGAGCAGCUCCUCUCCCUGAAUUGCCCAGGCAGCAGCAGGAGCCAGCUGUGGGAGAGGUCAGGCUGUGCCCUGAGAGCACCAUCCCCUUCCCAAAGCCAAAGGAAGGCAUUUCUGGCACAAUUUCCUCUGGGAAAGGGAGCACUGCACCCCUCCCAUCCAGCAAUUCCAUGGUUUCAGCAAGGAAAUCAAAGGCACAGUGGAGGCCUCCAGCUCAGCAGUUGGGAUCUGAGGUGCACAUCCCCUCUCAGACACAGCGCUCACAAACAGCUCAGCCCUUCCAGGAUCCCUGCUUGGACCGGGACACUGCUGCUCACCCACAAACAGCUCAGCCCUUCCAGGAUCCCUGCUUGGACCGGGACACUGCUGCUCACCCACAAACAGCUCAGCCCUUCCAGGAUCCCUGCUUGGACCGGGACACUGCUGCUCACCAGACAGCUCCAGCUUUUCUGGCACUCCAACACCACCCUCAUUCCUCCUGGGGCAGCACUGUGGAACCCACAGAAAACCUCAAAGACCACACCAUCAACAGCCAAAAAUCAGCACCAAUCACCUCGGAGCCGCAUUUUAACGAGAACCCCACCAAAAGUGCCGUUCUGGCAGUGAUGAAGAACCAGCCAGCUGUGGAACAGCUCCUAAACCGAGCUGGCCAGAGCAGUGGGGGCAGUGCAGGGGCUCCUGCAGCCCCCCAAAGGCAGCAGCAGCAGUGGGCAGCAGGUGUGAUCUGCAGUGCCUGGCGCUCCUGGCACCACCUGGCCCGGCUCAGGAGCGCCCUGGGCGCAGCUCGCCGCAGACACCUGGAGAAUUUCCACAGCAGGGCCAAGCAUCUGGCAGCCAACUGGAAUCGCAUCAGGACCUCCAGGAGGACUAUUAUCCAUAUCCCAUCAUUAGCUGUGCCAGUCCUGGGGAGCACAAGGAUAUUCCCAACACACCGUGAGCACAUCCCAGACCUUGGUGUGCAGCAGAACCUGCAGCUGGGGAGGCUCUGUGACAUCCUGGAUGCCAACGUGGACGUCAUCUACAUCUGCCCCCUUGCUCUGAGUGAGGACUUGCUGCACUAUUACAAUAAACUCCUGGGUCUGCAGGCAGCUGUUAGAUCUGGGAACCCUGAGGACAUGGCUGACCUGCAGGACAGGUUCAAAAUUCUCACCCCUGAAGCUAUAAACAGCUUCCCUGAGCACCACCUGUGCCUGGCCACCGUGCUCAGGUACAGCCCCAGGACCAUGCAGAGGCUGCAGGCUCUGCUCCAGGGCAGGGAUGCCUACGUGGUGGGGGGGGUUCCCCACCUGGAUGAUUUGGCUGUGGCUGAUGAGCUCCAGGUGCCGUUUUUGGGCUCAGAGCCAGCAGUGGCUCAGCUCUACAGCACCAAGUCUGGCAGCAAGAGAAUCUUUGCCAGUGCUGGAGUGCCAACCCCUCCUGGAGAGUGGGACAUCCACAGCAGGGAGCAGCUGCUCCGGGCUCUCAGCCAGCUCGUCCUGGACCACUGGGAAGUGCAGCGCUGGCUCUUCAAGGUGGAUGGGGAGCGGGGAGGAGAUGGCACUGCCUUCUGUGAUGUCAUUUCCCACCUGGAAUGUCAGCCCUGGAUCCAGAGGGAGUGGCAGGGACACCCCGAGGUGUGCAGGGACAGCCAGGCUCGUGAGCUAGCUUUGGUGAAGAUCUCCCAGGAGCUGCCGGGCCUUUUAGCACAGCACGUACAGCCAGUCAAUGAGAAACGAUUCCCUACAUGGGAAAAAUUCCUCCAAACAUUUCUUACUCAAGGAGGAGUGAUCGAAGCCUUCCCGUGCUCAGCCAGCGUCACCAACCUGACAGUGGAUGUGCUGAUAGAGCCCACAGGGGAGGUGACCCUGCUGGCAGCUGGGGAUCAGCUCCAUGCUGAGGGGCCCCUCAGAUCCUCUGGCACCAGCAUCCCCCAGCGCUCCGUGGAUCCUGAGGUUCUCCAAGGUCUCUGCUGGAAAAUUGGGGAGGCCUGUAAAUCCAGAGGAGUGCUUGGCUACUUCUCCGUGGACUUUGUGGCUUUCAGCCAUCCCCAAACCAGGGAGCAGCAGGUGUGGGCAACAGACCUUGACCUUUGCUACAGUGACCAGCUGGCCCUGACUCAGCUCCUGCUGUACAUGACAGAUGGAAAUGUGGAUUGUGGCUCCAGCCCCCUGCCAGGACCUCUGGGAUCCAAGGAAAGCAAAAACCAACGGGUCCAGCACGAGGGGACAAAACCUCCUGCCCUCUGUGCCGUGGCCAGCAGCCAGCUGAGACACUCCAGCCUCUCAGGGAUCUCCUACAGCGUCCUCCUCCACACCUGCCAGACCCGGGGGCUGGGAUUUGACCUCCAGGAAAAACAGGGAACAGUUUUUGUGUUGUAUGAAGACCAGAAGCGACACAGCCUGGGAAUGGUAACAAUCGGGGAGGAUCUCCAGGGGGUCCUGCUGACCUUUGCUCGCAAUCUCUUCAUCAUCCAUCAAGAAAUAUCAGCACCUAAUAUGCAAGGCGAGACCAAUUUUAAGAUGGCAAUUCGAGAUAUUGAAGCAAUUCUGGGAGUUAGAGCAGAAAACAAAGUGAGAUGGGAAGAAGAGCAAGCCUGGGAAGCAGAUGCUCUGAAGGAAUAGUUAACAGAAAAUGUUCAAGUGCCUCAUUCCUUCUGCUUCUGUGAGAACAGGUUUGGUUUUCCUUCUGACUUGGUGGAAAUGAAGUGAGGCAGGAAAUGUGUGUGAUGGCACUGGGAACAUCCCACCUCCCUUUUUGAGAAGCACAGGAUCAUCCUAAUGCUCCUGGUGCCCCUGUUGUCAUUCCUGAAGUUCAGCAUAAAAAUCUGAUUUAUGGGGUCACUGACUCAGAGCAGGGGGAGCAGAGCCCAAAUUCCAGCAGUGCUGAGCACUGGAAGCCUGGAGCUCCAGGCUUGGACCUGACACAGUCCAGAGCCCACCAGGGUGAGCAGAGACCUCUCCAGGCUGAACAAUCCCAGCUCUCCCAAGCUUUCCUCCCAGCAGAGCUGGGAUUGUUCAGCCUGGGAGAGGAGAAGCUUUGGGGUGAGCUCAGUCUGGCCCUGAAGGGGAAAGAUGGAGAAUAUUCAGAAUAUUCAGAAUAUUCAGAAGGAGCUGGAGUGCCAGGACAAGGGGAAUGGCUCCAAACUGAAGGAGAUUUGGGUUAGUUGAGAUUUUGGGCAGGGAUUGUUCCCUGGGAGGUCAGGCCCUGGCACAGGGUGUCCCUGGAUCCCUGGAAUGUCCCAGGCCAGGCUGGACA